AUGGGCGAAGAUUGGGACAUCUACUGCGCAAUAUGCGGAGUGCUCACUCACGACGAAAUCUCUGAUGACCACGUCGGCACCCGCAAUCCCAGCAUGCUAGCCUUCAGACGCGCCGAAGUGGCAGCAGAAAAGAAGAGAGCCAAGGAAGGUGACGGCCUCCCAAGAGGGUUUUUUGACGAAGAAAAUUGGGAUGGGCUGGACGAGUCAACCAUAGACUGGGACUGGGAUGACGAGGCAGCGUCGUACGACCCCGAUCUCGUGGAAGACCUUGGCUGCGCAUUCAUAACCGGGGACGCUGCUACUCAAGAAUACGGAACCGUCGUCUUUGUUGAUGGGCUACAUCCCGAUCAAGACCUCGAUGAGGAAGUAAGGCAUUGGAACUGGCAAGAGCGCCAAAGCUACUGGACCAUGUUGGAAGGCAAAUCCGUCUUUUUCCCAACACACGCCUGUUGUCGGCGCAUCCUUGAAGCCGUUCUACAUCCCCCAAGCCAAAACGCAGAAGCCGCACCUACAUUGAAUCUCAAGGCUCUCUAUGAAGCAAUGUGUCUCCUUUCAGAGAUGUUCACCGCCCAGCUCACGGUGAAAUAUGGUGAAUUUGAAGGCAAUUAUGUUGUUGCGCGGCCGGAGUUCUCAGAUGCAUCAAGCAAGUCUAUUCACGAUAAGAUUAUGACAGGCGCAUUUGAAGUUGGCAAGCCAUUUACACUGCCGGACAUGAACAACCGUCAGAUGACCGAUCGAUUCGCAAGCCUAUCCAACGAACUACUCGUCAAAAUUGCAGAACAUCUGCCGAUCUCAGAUGUUUUAGCUUGCUCCAAGGCAUCCUGGGCCAUGAUGAAUGCCUCUAGUGCCAAUAGUUUCUGGAAAGAUGCUCUCAACCGAGACAUGUCAUGGGCUAAAUCUGCGCUGGAGCCAGUGUUGGCUACGGUGAAAGAGCAAGAUUUAGACUACAAGCGCUUGCUGCUGUGGCUUGAGGAAGCUACGAGGCCGGAGUUUGCGAUGGAAUGGCCUUGGCUCCAGGCGGGAAAUCGGAGGCGUAUUUGGGGUGUUUGUGAGCAAAUUGGCCAAGUGUACUGGCGUAGACUGGGCCGCAAGUCGAAGGUGCCGUUGUAG